AUCGGAUAUUCCGAAAAAUGGAAGCCCUUAUUGGAUCUUCAACGUCUUCCCAACCUCAAGCACAUGGAUCUUUAUUGUCAAAGUGGUACAAAUGAUUCAGAAAACGAAGCAGAUCUAGAGGGUAUCCAACACCUCAUCUCUCUUUGUGAUUUACAUAUUUUUGGAUGGUCCAAGCCUUCUCUGACUCACCAACUUCAGAACCUCACAAAUUUAAGAGGCUUAUGGAUAGUACAGUUUGAUGGUUUGGAAGAUUUGCCUGAGUGGCUGGGAAACUUUUCAUCUCUUGAAGUGUUGUGCAUUUCUAAGUGCAAGAACCUUAGGCGACUGCCUUUCAAGGAAGCCUUCCCCAAACUCACUUCACUUAAUAGACUCUAUGUUUUUCGUUGCCCUCUACUGGACAAAGGAUAUGCAGACAAAGAAGGGGAAGAGUUCCAAAAGAUAUCUCAUAUCAAUACCAUGCAAUGUUGGCUUGGGUGGAAGACAAGACUGGAGAUGGUGGCACCUACAUGAGCCAUGGUGUCUAUGCAAUUAUUGUACCUCUACCGUGCGUGACUUGGAGUUCAAUGAAAUCUAAGAUACCUUAACGCUUAACCUCAGAGACUAUCGUUUGGAAUCCGGUGUUCGGGAAAUACCAGAGUCCGUCAAACAGAUUGCUAUCGUUUGGAAUUGCUGGAUCUCGAGUAUUCUAUGAAUUGCCAUGCCA